CUGUAUCGACAUCGACUGAAACCAUGGCGAGCCCCUUGGGAGAGUGGGUUCUUCGGGCAAACAUCAUGCAAUGCGAGGAUGCGGUGCUGGGUCGGAUCCAUUUCCUCGAGAGCGGUGAGUUGGUCUACCUGACCACUGCAGGGGAUCUGUUGGGCCGUGGCAUCGGACAAUGGAUCGAAGGGAUCGAAGGGAUCAAAGGAUCCGGAUCUGUGGCGUUUCAGCUGGAUAUCUUUCAGUACGAGGCCACCUCCAAGAAGCAUGUACAGACCGAGCCGCACCGUUUCAGAGGCUUCGGCAAGUUGCCAGAGGGCAAGGCCGCCUGGGUCGGAGAGUGGCAAUACUUGGUUUUUCAACAGCCUCCACGCGUUGUGGGUCGCUUCCAUGCCUGUAGAUCCACACCAACUUUAGCUAUGCCCAUGCUUUCUCAAAAACCCUUGGAGGAGUUACCUUCCAAGAUGAAAACCGCCAUGACUUCCAAACUGGAGAAGUUGUCCGAGACUUUUCCAAUGAUGCAACCCAGUUGGGUUCCUCACCAUCUUCCAGGAAAGAUUCAAGACGUUCAUUACGUGCGGAAUUUCCUGGAGCCGAAACAGGUGGAGGAGUUCGAACGGAUCAUCGAAAAGACCUGUGACUGGGAACGAAUGAACACCCGCGACACGCAGGAGUUUGGCUCAUCAGGGCAGUGCCCGUGUGGCAGGAGCCUGAUCAAAGCAGCAUUACCAGCUUGGCAAAGCACCAUGGUCGAUGCACUUUGCACCCUGGGUGCUUUCCAUCCCGUUUUGUUCCCUCCAAACAGCGUUCGCCUCAAUGCGUACAAGCCGGGACAAGGUAUUCAUCCGCAUUUGGAUGGCCCCGUAUACUUUCCGAGGGCUGCGAUUGUGAGCCUCGGUUCCCAUUGCAUUUUUGAUCUCUACCCACGCACUGGUGACGACGAAAAGCAAGGCUUUACCUGGGAUAGAGACAAGGAGGUACCAGCUGCUCCAGAGAUGCCUCCAGGAACAAAGCCCCAAUUGAGUCUCCUUUUAGAGCCAGGCAGCCUGUUGAUUUUGUCGGGAGACGCCUUCACCCACCACAGGCACGGCAUCAAGGCUUCCGAGGAGGACGAAAUCACCCCGCAGGUGAAGAAUGCGAAAGACAUCGGCCUCUCCAUAGGUGAUUCAUUGAGGCGCGGACGCCGGGUCUCUCUGACGAUUCGGCACUUGCUGCCGCGUUGCAACUGCAGUCCCGUCUUCUAAUCGAGAGCAGCGGUGGCAAAAGAAA